AUGCCUGGAAAUCAGAGAGAGAUUGCAUUUGCUGAAAAUGCCCAAUCAUCUUUCUGGAACAGGAAUACGGCGGUUGGUACAGCGUUGCAGACUGUUGGUUGUUGGGACAUAAGACAUAACGGUGCCUUGUCUUUGGGCGUCACGUUCGACAAUUCGCGGCCUGGCCCGUUUCUACCCAGGCUGACGGAUGCCUCAGCCAACAAGGUAUUGGACAGCACUAAGCCCAACUUCUAUCACCAUUACUCCGAUCUCCACGAUUUGCAGGUAGUCAGUCACUGCUGCCUUCCUUCCUCUUUCCGCCUGCCUGCCCGGGUUGCUCUCCACUAUCGUCCCGUCCGCCUAUCUCACAUUGUCUCAAUUUCUCGAUUGAUGGCACUCAACAUGCGACUCAUCGGCUUGAGAUACUCCCUCAAGAGUCGCUUUGCACUCCUCCAGAGAAGGCGGCCGCUGCUGGUUACUUUUUUGUAUCGAAGCGGCACAACUCGACUUCUGAAUAUCACUUUCGCAUGUUAA